GAAAGUUGAAAGUCAAGUACGGUGGACGUGAGGUAAAAAACUUGGUCAAGAUGAGGCAAAAAUCUGACGAGGCUGAUAAUCAAGUGAGGUAGAACGGGGCGAAGGUGACAUAGUCCGUCUAUCUAUCCGAAGUUGACGAUAGUGGUGAUGGUGAGGUGAGGGUGGUGAUAGUAGUAUUAGUGGUAGGGAAAGAAGUGAUGAAGAGGAAAGAACGGAAAGAAGGGAAAGGGGAAAAGGAGCGGAAGAAAGGGAUGCUGGUGUCGAGGCGCCGUGGAGGACCAUUAUUUCUGGCGUGUGUUGACUUUCAGUCUGUGUGUGUAAAGAGAGCGAGUACUGUGGUUGUGUGGGUGUGGUAAAUGCCUGAAAGGAAAUUGCCUCUUUCGGACGAGGCGCUUGGCUUGGCCGCGGACGGAGGCGCGUCUGUUACGGUUUGUGACGCGGUAUGUAACAGUUCUUCUAUGCCGUGGAACGCUGGCGUAUGGUUCCUGACGGUAUCAUACGGUAAUAUCUCGAUCUAUUCUAUCUCAGCUUUCGUAGCUAUGGCAUAUAUGGCAAACUUAUACUUGUGCAGCAGUAUACAAGUAGAGGUAUUUGUUGUGAGAAUAUUCUUGCUUGCUACUUGUCUGCCAUGAAUCAAUACAACGGUCACGGAUGACGGUGUAAUAACCGACGCGUCCGUGGAUGGCGAUGGAGACAUACCUCCCAGCAAUCCCGUCCCUUUUUGUCCGAAGAUACCAAUUCACGCUUACCUCUUACUCAGGAGACCGCGAACACCAUUGCCAUUACCCCUUCGGGUAUGAUCCCACGCCGAUGAUCUGGCUGGGUUCAGAGUACAG